AUGUUUUCUGUUUCUCUCUCUCCUUGGGAGUGAGUGAGAUAAGAAUCACAGUAGAGAGAGAAAGAGAAAGCUUGCUUUUUUAUCUAUCUAUCUAUCUAUCUAUCUCAGUCGUCUCAGUACCCACUACUACUUGUGUGAGUGUCAUUUUCAUUCAGAUUUUCCUUUUUUGAUACAUACCUUGUGUUCCUGCUAUCGCCCACCUCCGAAGGGAUAAUGGGCAGAGAGUGGUUUUACUGGGGAGGUGGUGGCGGCGGCGCCGCUAGAUCCUCCUCCUCCGCCUCCAAGAAAGGGAAGCGAUCAAGAAAACAACUAGAAGUGGAGGAUGAUGGUAGUGCGCCCAGUCCUGGGUGCAUGUGUGCUGUUCUUCAACUCUUUGAUCUCCCCCAUUUCCAGGUUGUUUUGAACCACCAUAGCCACCGUUCUCUCAGCCCCGUUUCUUCUUUCGUUCAAGACCACCCUUUUCAACGCCCAACUGGAGUUGAAGCACCAAGAAACAGCUUGGACAUGGAAGAGCCGACGGUGGGGCUAAACCCUGGAGCUUCAAAAACCAUGAGGCCGAGGUUGAAACAAGAAGACGAAGAAGAAGAAGCAAAAAAUUUGAAUAAUAUCCCAGUGGGGAUUAAUCAAAUCAGAACCAGCUGCGACUCCCGGCCGUCGUCGUGUAAACCAAGAUCAGACGAUUUCUCUUCGGAAUGUAGCAGCUCUCCGGGAGGGGCCAAGACUCCGAAUCUCGUGGCGAGACUCAUGGGUCUGGACCUCCUGCCGGAGAACGCUUCUCCGACGUUCGGAAAUUCAAGAAAGUCCAAUUUGCAGCCCAGAACAGAACCGCGAGACCGCGCCAGGUACCUGCUCCACCAGGAUCGCCGUUCCCGGAGCUUCAACGUUCUUGACAACGCAGAUAUUUCCGGCGCCGGCGGCACCGUUUCGCUGCCGGAAACCCCAAGAAUAUCGCUGGCUAGGAAGUCCGACGUGGACCAUCACCACCGGCUGUCGCUCCAGAUCAACAAAGAGAACGCCGGCGAGGAAUUCGAUCAGUUUUCGUCUGGGAAAAGAUCGGCGAGGAGUCGCCGGCGAGAGCCCCGAGAGGCUCUCCGGCAAAUGGAUGAGAAUAUCAGAAGCCCCAGCUUUUACGCCAGGCAGAUUGUGAAGCAAGUGAAAGAAAGCGUCAGCAGAAAAGUCGGCGCCGCCGAUAUAACCAUCCACAAAAACAACCUCAAAAAAGACCAUAAUCUCGACAAUAACCAGGUUGUCUUGCUUAAACCUAGUAAACCCUCCAUUUUUCUCCAAGAUAAUAAUUUUAGCCCAACAAAACACCAAUCUUGCUCUCCAAGGUUCAGAUUCUUAGAACCAAAACCCACCAAACCACCACCUCCAAACACAGAUAAUUUCACCCCUCCACCAAAACCCCCCCAGAAAAUUAUCCCCAAACCAAAAUCUCAAGAAAACAAAAACAACCUCAAAAAACCCGCCGCCAUUAGAAGCAAGAAAGAAGAACCCUUUGUUCGCCCUGCAAAUAUCAACCAUGAAACCAAGAAGGGGAAGAGAAGUGAGCUUCUAAACCCCAAUAAUGUUCCAACCAUAUUACCGGCUUUCAAGAAAGACUGUCGUGAGUGUCGUCCUUCUUCUUCCCCACCAAAAUUACCUCAAAAGCAGGCGCAGAAUGAUGCCCUUUCAUCGAAAAAGAGCUCACCACAACAGUUAUCUAGUUCUCCGAGCCAGUCGUACCAUCACCCCCUAACCACCUCCAAAGAAAAAAACAUCAUCGUCCGUGAUGACCGUAACGGCGCCGCCGGCGAAGAAGAAGCGGAAUUUCAGUACAUCCAGAGAAUACUAAAACGUACGGGCGUCGAAAAAGAUUCCUCGGUAUCAUUAGCCAAAUGGUACUCCUCUUCCCACCCUCUAGACCCUUCCAUUUUCCACUACAUUGAGCUUUUCCACCACCAAACCGCCAUUAAAAACUCAAAACUUCGGCUCCGGUGCAACAGAAAGCUGGUUUUUCAGUUAGUAGAUGAACUCCUCGUCGGAAUCUUGAAACCUUACCUCGGAUCCCGGGUCGGGUUCGGGCGGAAUAUGACCGGGUCGGAGCUCAUGGAAGCGAUUUGCUAUAAAGUUCGGAACUUUCCAUCGGCGGAUUGCCAGGUUCUAGAAGAUAUCGAUUCCUUGAUCGAAACGGACAUGGAGAAAUCAAGAAAUCAAGAAGAGGAAGAAGAAGAAGAGAGGGUAGUUCUUGAGAUUGAACGUCACGUGGUGGAUGAGCUAAUGCAUGAAACGGCGAUGGUGGUCCUGGAGGGGGUGGCACGUGGCACGUCCGUACGUACAGUGAGAGACCGAGGAAGAAGUUAGAGAGAGAGAGAGGAGAGAGAGCGUCACAGGUUCUGACUUCUGAGAGAAGGUCACAUGGGUCAUCUCCCCGUGAUUAGAUACCAAUGGGCCCACUUCUUGUGCUUUGGUGGGGUACACGUGACCCACACUCUUUGGACCGACAUACUCACUCUCUCAUUGGCUUUAGCCCUAGCUUCUUGUCCGCUCGCCUUUACUCUGUAAUCAUUUUGUUUUUCCUUCUGUAUAAUAAUUUCCAAUAACCUUUUCUUUUUACUCUUUUUUUUUCUCCCCCUCCCUCUAUAU